GUGACGUCAACCACUGGAGAUUUCGAUCAAAAAGAUUUUGCGGUAAGCACUGAAACAUUUAUUGAGUUUCCGAUACGUUUUCUGCAGCACCCCACGGUUUUGGACAAUCAUGGGUCUAUUUCUAUGUCAGAUGAAGAGAUUGGACCACUGUCUCUGCCCUUGGCUCUUUCUGUUGGGUAAGUACAAGUUUGUUGACAGGGAAUAUAGAGCAAAAAUUUCAUAAUAACUGCACGCGUCUAGCAGUUUGAGAACAGUUUUCUACCUUAACCAUCUUUCUCGUGCUCUAAAGCAUCGCAAAACUUUACCCAAAUUUGGAAAUGGAAAUUCGCUACUUAUUUUAGAAACAUUUACUUUGAAAGGCAAGUGAAAAAUCAAGGUCAAGACAAGAGAGAAUUCGCAUAAAGCUAUACAAAUUUUUCCAUGGGGAAAUUGAUCAGUGAGCCAUCAUUAAUUGGACUCCGAAAAACCUGUAGCUCAAGCUGCCUUUAAAAAGUGAGGGAAUCUUUUGGAUAAGAAUGUUCCUAGCUGGUUUGGUCUUAAAAUGCCCUAACCACCAUAUCGUUCCUCAGUCAUUGGCUCACAAUCAACCUAUGCUCAUUAAAAUGAGACUAUUGCGUUAAAAAAUUUUGGAUGAAAAAAAUUCUGUAAAUAUUGUUUUUUUUAUUGGCGUCAGUGGUCAUUAGUUUGCAUCUUUAUCUUACCAGCAGUUCGAGUAACUAAAAAAGCUUCUGAAGUUUCAUUCGUCAGAGCUUUGAGCCUACAAGGAAAGAAAAGUGAAAGAAAACAUUCCAUCUUGAAAUGCAAGACAAGGAACAGAAACGCAUGGCUUAUUUCAAGUGCAGUUAAAAGCUUAACGUUAACAAAAUAGUUUUUACAGGUCAUAUGCCAAAUCUAAUAACUCAAACUGCCUUAAUCCAAUCAAAUUAUAAUUAUAUUUCUUUAAACACCCAGUAGAAAAGAAAACCUUGCGUCUGUCGCCUCGAAGACUGAUCAAACGCUUGUUCACAAUUUGAUCAAGGAAGAUUCAGUUUCAUGGAAUACACGUUCGGUAGACAAAAGAGAAAAAAACAGCAGCUAUUUCAUUUUAUCAAAAAUAGAGAGAAUUAGAAUUAUUCCUGAGUGUUAGUCCAAAUCCCUUCUUGAAAUGUGGCAUGAUGACACCUUGACGACCUCAUAACUUGUAACAAUACCUUCUAGAAGCAGAGAAGAUCCUUUGUAAGAUUUUAAAACGAAAUAAUCCUGAAGAAGCCUCUUUUUGAACAGCUUUUGGCAUGAAACUUUUCAAGAAGACAGCCGUCCAAAAAUUUCAUAUGAAGCAAUCCAAGUUUAAUUGAAUCAUCUUUCGCUAUCUCUUGUCACACAUGACCCUUUCAGCUUUUCCCGACCUUAAAGAACGAGGAACGCUUUUAUAUAGCCUUUCUUGUCAACGGGCCUCUCGUGAGUGUACUUCGCAGCCGUACUUAAUUUGGAAGGUCUCGCUAUCUAAGAUUUGUCCCAAUUUCUCAUCAUUGCACCGAAAUAGAGAAAAACUUCUUUUCCUUUAAGUAUGAUACGACGACUUUGGCCAAGACUCUGCUCUCUCUCAAAUUUCACCUCUCCACUCUCUCUCUCCUUCUCUCGCCCAGCCUCUCCCUUCUCUACCCCUAGUCUCAUACCGAGACCUUUCACGGACAAGCGGUUGUCAGCAUUAGUUACACGGUAGGAUCUGGGUACGAGAUUACUUUACUGCCUCUCUAACACCGUGACACGUGCAUGAAGGAACAUUGCAAGUUCUUCUCUAUUUGCUUUUCAGUUUUCUUUCUUAAAGAAUCACAGCCACGAGAAAUUCUACUAUUUCCUUACCAACCCUCGCGUUCAGUAAAGCUUGGAGACCGUGUGACAUUGAACUGCAACAGUAGGUCAAGCAGAGGUGCAACCUACGAAUGGUAUCAGAAUGAGUUAAACAUUGCGCUUAUGAACGACCCAAGGAUGAUAAGAGAAAAUAAUACGUUGAAAAUACUGAAGACAAAAUUAUAUCAUACUGGAGUCUAUCAAUGUAUUGAAACAAGAAAGGGACGAGAAAUUCAAAAGCAAAAUCGAUACGUCCUACUAAACGUCGAAGGUAAGACAAAUGAUUUUGUUUCUUACGCAACUUUAAGCUCAUUUGAUGCCGAUAUAACUUUCACGUGUUUUCUAGUCGUCUAUGAUCGCCUUAUUUGAAAACACACACACACACAUAACGAAAAUCUUAUUAUAGUACGGUACAUUGGUUUAUUUACUCCUCUAUAAGGCUAUUCCUAGUAAUUCACAAUUAAUGAAGAAAAAAGCUAAUCACAACAAUUAUUGAGAUAAGAAUAGACCAAUUUACAAAUAAAAUUCCUUAAAGCAAAAAUGUUCCUCGCCUUUUGCACCUUAUUAUAACGUAAACUUGAAGAUAUCUGAAAGCGGUAUCUAUAUAGUAAAAUUACGAUUCGACGAUUAUCAAUGGCAGAAAGAAUAUCAUUGUGAACACGAAUAAAUAUAAUAUAUAUAUAUAUAUAUAUAUAUAUAUUUCGCAUCAAGCUUUUUUCCACUAGCUUCUCCGCAACACCUCGUGUGAAGAGUGGGCCUAAAAGAUGGAGUUUGUAUUCGUGCUUAAUGGCCCACUCAGCCGGAGCUCAUUCCGAUUUCCAUGUAGCAUGAAGCAACUAGGAGUGUUACCACUCUCCCCUAGAAGGGAUGCCAGUCCAUCGCAAAGUCGCCCCUAGCAUUUCAUUAAGCUUCUCCGAUAAUUUGUUAGUACCCAUAUAUACUCCUGGGUGGGGGAGAGGCACUGUGAGAGGAAAGUGUUUUGCCCAAGAACACAACAAAGUAACCUGACUAGUUCUCGAACCCAGACCUCUCGACCAUAGGCCAGUGUGUGUCUUCCGAAGUAAUGGUCAGAUGAUGCCAAAUUAUUCAUAUUCUUUAUUUUUUGCUUCUCAACUCUAGGCAAGUGCAAUAAAGCGUCAAUAAACAUCAAACCCUACCGGGGAAAAAAGUAUCCCGUAGGAAUAAACCUCACGUUGGAUUGUGAGUGUAAAAGUUCUGCCACAAAGAGGAUAAGAUGGUUCAGGAACGGUGUUAGAGUCCAACCAAAAAAGAAAAUGAUAACUUUGGACGGCAAAAGAUUGAUCCUCAACAAUGCAACGUAUGCUGAUAGUGGCAAUUACACUUGUAGGGUGACAGUGUACGGGUUCCAUCCGUCCUGGUCAAGAAAACUCGAGUUCUGGGGUAUGAGCCGAAAAGACUUAAAUGUGGAAGUGAAAUGCAUCUUUGUUACCGUUAUACUUUAACUGCCAAGAGUUUUCAAUUUGUAUCUACUCCUUGAGUUAUCAUAGCCUGAGAGAAGGCAUACACUUAUUAUUAGCGGUGCUGGAAGCGCGUUUCUUUGCUCAGUUAGGGAGAGGUUUGCUAGGGAUCUGGCACCAAUGAUAAGGCAGUGCCAGACCCCCUGCAGACCUUUCUCGGCUCACUUGCUGAAGGCCUCGUUGUUUCCGGCAAAAAAUGAGGGCCACUUGUAGCCCCGAAUCAAGUUUUUCACACGAGCUUCUUUUAAGGGCCUAAAAGUUUAUCGUCAAGCGUCAAAAAAGAUACUUUUUUUUACCGUCACCGUCAAAUAAACCGUCAAGCAAUUUAAAGAUCAUUCAAGAGAUAAAACUGAAGGCUCCGAGCAGAUGAAAAGAAAUUCGCAAGAUAGAUAGCAAAUGAUUUAUAAAAGAAGCGGUAACACCUUAAAAAGUCUAACUGAAAUUAUUGCACAGAUUUGCCAUGGCAGGUUUCACUCGGUGCCGAGACUUGGUAAGACUGAUUUAUAAGCACAAGGAUAAAAACGAGGUCGCCAAUUUUAAGAGUUUCAGUGAUACUAACUGAAAAUCUCGAUUUGUUUCUCUUCCUUUUUAGUGGGAACUGCACCAAAGAUCAUUUUUCAUAAAGGUGGAUUUAUGAAGCUUGCACCUAAAGGACAGAAGUUAAAGUUUCCUUGCCGAGCAACAGGAAUCCCCCGUCCAAAAAUAACAUGGUACUACAUGGGCGACAAGUAUGGUCCACGAGUUUUAACAGCGAAAAAUGACAGCGAUUUCAGGGUCUAUGGCGACGGGUCCUUGGAAAUGAUGAAUUACACUGCAGAAAUGGCGUUUGAAUUCGUUUGUAUGGCUAGAAAUGUUAUGGGGCACGCCCAUAUAAACGUCGAUCUCUCAACCCCCGGUAGGUAUGACCUUCAAGUCUUCAGUUCGCUCCAUGUAAGAAGUGAUUGUACCCUGAAAUUGUUGUAUUAACAAUUGAGGCCCUGAGGUGAAAGAGAAAAAGAGGAGAAAGAGAGAGGAUGAGAGACAGAGGGAGAGAGAGUAGAGUGUUUCAUUCUUCUCCGUUGAGAGAGAGUAGAAAACGCAGAAAAGCGGCUUUAGUGAUGUGAUAGGUUCUUAUAAGUUCAUAUUGUAAUAAUACUAUAUUUACUAUGAGUCAGUUUAGCUAGGCAGAAUCAGAAAUUUUAUACUAGCCCUUAUAUUGUACUGAGCAAUAGAAUUUACCUGAUUUCUCUCCUCCCUCCCCCAUAAAGCUCUGUAAUAUUUUUAUCUUUCCCACCGCAUUGGCAGGAAAAAUGACUGGUCGCUAAUUAAGUUCUCUGACUUCAGGAGAAGAAGAGGGGAGAGGUCGCACAGCCACUUGUUCGAAAUACUAAAUACUCCUCAAUCUUUUUUAAAAGGGCUUAUGCACCCAAAAAACUUUCUAUUUAGAUGACUUAGAACAGAGUUGCUCCAUUCUAUCCACCACGUCAUGUGCUUUAUGUGCGUGUUUUUUUUUCUUUUUUAACUUUUACACCAAUUUGAACUAUUCUCUACGUGCAGUGAAAAUUUCGGUGGCUGAAGAUAUCAAGGCCGUUGAUGGGGGCAAUCUCGUUGCGCCUUGCAAGGCCCUAGGUACACCCAAAACAGAAUCAUUCUGGACGGAUAAAAAAGAGUUUACUUAGGGAAUGAUGGCCGAGUAAGUUCAAAGAAAAAUGGUAACCUGGAAGUAGAUGGUGUACGAUUGGGUGAUCAAGGACGAUACUAUUGUACCUCGGCCCGUGAUGAUCCUUCUCAAGAUAGAGAAACCGGAGUGUGGCUGACCGUUUAUGGUACGUAUGUCAGGUACAGCACACCGUUAAUGAAGAGGAGGGUAUGAUACGAAACAUCAUGUUACAUUUAAACUACGUCGCAUUAAGUCAGAGGUAAUUGGAGGUUUCGCCCUAUUGCAAUUAAGUUCGCCCCCAAUCACCUUUACAACUUCGCUCCCCUAAUGUAAAACGAUUUCGCCCCCACUUGCAUCAGUUCGCCCCAACUCAUUCAACUUGUUUCUUAUGGCGGAACACGGUUUCGUUACUGUAUUGCUUGUUGGUCGAAAUAUAUUAUGAUUUUGACAGGAAAUGAAUUUGUUCUGUGGUAAGGAAACGAGUCGAAAUAAAGCUGCCAAUUUUACGAUCAUUUUUUUUUAAUCUAAAUUCCCCAAAAGCCUUCUAUUUAUACUAAACAUUUUCUGAUAAAUUCCAAAUAUCUCCAUCUUUUUAAGUAAAAUGCACCUCCCCCUGCCGCCACUGAAGGAACGUUACGUUAAGUUAUGCAUCGUCAAAGGUCGUCUUAAUUCGUUAUGUUAUACUCUUACAUCUUUCUAUUUCUAGACUGAGCUAAGUAAAAAUAUAAUCCUCUCCAGCCUGAUUAUUAUAAACAGGGUAAUUUGGUGUUACCAACUGAGUUGAUAACGUAAAUUGGCCAUCGUAAGGAGUUUCAAAGCUGACGUUUCGAGCGUUAGCUCUUCGUAGGAGUUGACUUGUAAUUCGGAGUCUUUCCUCUUCUUCAUUCAGAAACUGACACAAUCAGAAUAAAGGCCACUCAUAAAAAUGUUACCAAAGCGUUUGUGGGAAUGACGAUAACACUGCUGUGUGAGUUCGAGAGUGAGCCAAAGGUGAACAUCACCUGGAGCAGGACAGACAUGAAGAAGCUGCCUGAAAGAAUGGAGUCCUAUGGCUCUUCACUGAAUAUACAUAACGUGGGGCUUUCGGACGCUGGCCGGUAUUACUGCAAUGGAUCAAAUGGUUUCAAAUCGCUUAGAACUUUCAUUGAUUUGCUCGUGUAUAGUAAGUAGAUGGCACGAUUAAUUUUAACCUUAAAACAUCUCAGAGCACGCACACAAGUCGCUCGUUGUAACAGUUCGAUUAUGUCCUCUUAACUGGUUAUUUCGCUGUUUUUGUUAUUAGUUCGGAGGUUUAGGACGAAUUCGUUGGUUGAUACAAUCCCGUGGUUCUUAUGAACAUUAUACCCAAUUUAAACCCUCAUUUUCAAAUAUGCACACAUCUUGGGACCAAAAUGUAUAAUUGAGGAUAAAGGAUGAUCGAUGACAAGCUAGCUUUUCUUUUUUCAUCGACGCCAUGCCCUUAAAACAAAAGUAUCACCUCGUAAGCUACAUGCUGACUGUAGCUCAAAGCCCUAAACUGAAAUUGGCUCUGAAACUGGUACAAAACAUGGCAUCUUCCCUAUUACCGGGUGGAGUCUCUUCAACUGAGUUACAGACAACUCACUGACGAGCCUGAUCGUAAACUAGGGUGACAUGUGUUCAGCAUCAUGGCGUUCAAAGCCACUAGAGUAGUUUGGACAGAAAAAAAUAUAUAGCAAUUUCUUUCCACAGGUUCUAAGCUGUAUAUGCCAAGCAACGUAACAGUUUCUGAGGGUGACUCAGCUUGGUUGCAUUGCGCAGCCCAAGCAGAUCCUCCGCGCAUCACGAUCGCGUGGUUUAAAAAAGGACAAGGGAGCAAAAUGCUCGACGAGAAAAGGUUCCAUACUGUUGCAAACGGCUCGCUGCACAUAACCAACGUUCAGCUUGGUGAUCAAGGGAAAUAUUUCUGUAUGACGAGCGCCAACAAAAAACAGAAAUACGGUACGCGAUAUCUUUUUGUGAGAGGUAAGACCCCGUAAAGGUUACGUUUAGGCCAUUUUUUUUAUUUAAAAGUAAUUGUGAUCAAUGAGAUAAUUAUUAAAUUGUUAUCCAAAUUAUGUGGGGUGUUGAUAGCCAUAUAAGAAAUUAUCCCAAAGGAAGCCGUUGGGUGAUUGCAAAGAAGUGUUAAGUUGAAAAUCAAUGAUAAUAUUGCGGACAUAGGAAACGAGAGGAUCAAAUUUUUUUUAACAAACUGACCGCCGAGUUCCAUUGGUGCAUUUCUUUUUUAUUUUCGUAUGCAAUGUAAACAUUCCAAUAAGACAAUCGGCAAAAAGCCAGGGCCUUGUUUUCCAUUCUUCACUAAUCGUCACUUCCCUAAGAUCCGCUGCGUAGCCGGAGAACGCAAGUUACAACUUGGGAGAUGAGAAAUUUGAGACUAGAGUUUGGAAACUUAAAUGAGCUGUGUCACGUGGGUCACAAAAUGAAACUCGGCCGCGCUCACUCGGGUGGAAUGGUGACCAUUUUGACAGAUAUCUUCAGUAGACUCAAAACAGUUUUCUUUUAUAUCUCUUAUUUUCUUUAACAGAAAUCCCCAAACGUUAUACAGCUGGGCACAAGGAUUUUGGUGGUCGUUUUCUUGUGAUGAUCUUCGCGCUGGCAAUAAUAUAUACAUUAUAACUAUGACAUGCGCAUCAUCAAACACUUUCAUUUUGUUUUUUCGUUUGUUUGUUUUUUGCAUUGCAAGUGUUGCAUCUUUUAUAACGAUCUCAUUCUAGCAAGGAGCCGAAAGCGCGCAGGUUGUGGCUUCACUUGUAUUAUCCAAGAGCUAAAAUUGUUGUAUGUAAAUACAUCAGUAUGCAUUUUCGCCAGACUUUUCUCUAUGCAUCUCCUAAGAUGCUGACAAGAAGAAUCUGUUUAACAAUUAAGAGUUGCUUUAGUAGGUAAUCAUUUCCUUUACCCUCAUGACCUUAAUGUGUGUUUCAGGGAUGAUAUUGUAAGGAGAAAUUAGAUGCUGGUCAGUCUAAGGGGUGGAAGGGUUAGAUGCAUUGUUUUGUACUGAAACCCACCGACCGGAAUUUGCAUUCAAUUUUGCGGAAAUUGACUUUAAGUAAAAAGGGAGAAAAAGGAAAUAGGGUGAAGGGAGGAGAAAAUAAUUCUGUAAUUUUCUCUUGAUGAACAGUAAUGUCGUUGAACCAGUGGAUGUUUAAAAACUUUAUUAGGUAAACACGCACAUUAGAUUUUGAAAAAUUCACUUUAUUCGGCAAGCACAAUAAUAAAACAGGCAAGAAAUAAAGCCUUGAUCAGUGGAGCAGUGGGUCGAUCAGUGAAUCUGUGUUGAUCAUUGCUGUAGCUCGAUCAAUAAAGCAACAAAACGCACCCUAGCAUGCGAAUAGUUCCUUACAAGAGAAUAUCAACUCUUGGUUCUCACCAGGACCUCGCGGCCUUCGCGAGAGGCUUACUCUCGCGAUGCAUACCCAUCGAGUGCCAGCUCACAGCCUAACGUGACACACCUAACCAAUAACAAACCGACUAACCACUCACUCGUGAACCGAGCGUUCAACAUUAGUCCGUCCGUCCUUCCAUCCGCACGACGCCAGGUCUGUGAAAUCGAUCGACAGCGAGAAAAGUAGAAAUGCCGGGACCGGGAACGAAUACAGAGUGUUUCAUUUUCCUUCUCAGAUCUCGGUUGCUCUCUGAAUAGUUGACAG